AUGAUAAGGCUGCGUAAUGCCAUCGCUCUUUGCCUCGUCUGUACACAAUCAUUCAUCUGCGCAUCACAACUACAACUGUUACGACAGCCAGAAGAUAAUGAACGCGAACGGGAUCAAAAGCAAAGGGUUCUGCGUAAUGACAUUCAGCGCCUUCUAUCCGAAAGCGACUGGCCCCAGGGUGAGCCUUUCAUGCAAAAUAGAACGCUCUUCAACACCACUCUAAUCGGCAAAGAAAAUUAUACAAGUUACUGGCAUUUGUCGGCUGAUGCGCCUGUGGCUGAAACGUUGGACGCUGCGCAACGCAUUCAUGUCCCCAAGUUCAUUGAGGGAAAGAUGGCAGCUGUGGCUGAAGGCGAUCGAGGUGGUCAAUGCUUCUGUCCUGGAACAAAUACCUUUCCCAGCCACCUCGUCCCGGCACCUAUUUUGAUCACCGUUAUGGGAUGCGUAUUCAUUGCCCUAAAUAGUGUUUGGGUGUUUCGGAUAUUUUUUCUAAAGCGCAGCCUCUGUCGUUCGGCAAAUUCUGGGGAACCUAAAUACAGCCUGACUUCCAGCUCCUACGACACGUCUCAUCAACUGAGGUCUAAAGCUCAAUGCUAUGAACGGCUGGUGGACAUCUAUCUGAGUCUGCACAUUCAUGCCACACUUACUGUGAUCAUCUUCUUUCUUCUUCGCAUGUGUUUACACACAGUUUUGCAUGCAUGCGCAAUGUGUCUACUGUUAGCAAGAAAACGGAAAAUGCAUCAAGUUGGAAAUCGGCAGACCACGGUGCUCCUCUACGACCUCGCAAAUGGUGGGUCACAAUCUGUCGCUGAUAGGAUGAAACCCACUGACGGUCCUUCCUCUGCACAUUUUAUCAUUCAAAGCCCCAACGGUGAUAGUCGGAGAGGCCUUCAAAUAGGACGAGUGGCCAACCAUCCUACCUACGGCAGUAUCGCAUUACGACUGCUUGGCUGUCUCCAUUCGUUGACCAUUCUGACCAGCUUAUGUGUAAGCGGACUGGUAGUUUGCGGUUUUCGAAUAGCGCAGGCAUCCCUUUCAGGCAUCAACACAGUCGAGGAAACCAACUUUUCUGAUCUCACUGAACCCCUACUUUCCCCUGCACCACCAAUGCGAUACGAUAUCAUCGAGAAGAUUACAAAUCUUUUGGAGAUAUUGACUAUUGGACUAGUUUAUCCACUUUAUUCCAUCUGCCUUUCAACCAGGCGGUUUUCGCCAGAUGCCGACGUACAGGCAGCCUCCUCAGCUUCUAGUCCGAAGUACGUCUGCGAACCCUCGGUAGGAUUUCCAGCGGCUCAAAGGAGGCCGUCUCUGACAAUGGCAGCAGGAACUGGUUUUGUAAAACCAAAAUCCCAAAUUCCAGCAAAAGCUUUACUUGAAAUUCCAUCUUACACACGUUGCCAGUUCUAUGCUUCACUCAAAACGGAUGAUAAAAAUGAACGGGUGAUUGUUGAACCCGGCAGUGCACCUGACUCAAUUCUCUUUCCUCUUGACAACUGCGAAAUAAAAUAA